ACGACGUCGGGCAUUCUAUUGUGCGUGUCCGUUGGCGGGAGCGGGAAGGCAUUUUGGAUCCUCUGGCUAUCGCGGGCGGGGGACGGCGACGACGGAGAAAGGGAAAGGGAGAAAAGCAGAGACCGCCCGGCGCCCUCCGACCUUGCCGCCAUGCAUGUCAUAAAGCGAGAUGGCCGCCAGGAGCGGGUUAUGUUUGACAAAAUCACUUCUCGGAUCCAGAAGCUCUGCUAUGGUCUUAACAUGGACUUCGUUGAUCCAGCUCAGAUCACCAUGAAAGUAAUCCAGGGUUUAUACAGCGGGGUCACCACGGUGGAACUAGAUACACUGGCUGCUGAAACAGCUGCGACCCUGACUACUAAAUAUCCAGACUAUGCCAUCCUAGCAGCGAGGAUUGCUGUCUCUAAUUUGCACAAAGAAACGAAGAAAGUGUUCAGUGAUGUGAUGGAAGACCUCUACAACUACGUAAAUCCUCAUAAUGGCAAACACUCGCCUAUGGUCGCAAAGACAACUCUGGACAUUGUGUUGGCAAAUAAAGAUCGCCUCAACUCUGCCAUUAUCUACGACCGAGACUUCUCUUAUAACUACUUUGGCUUUAAGACCCUGGAGCGCUCCUAUUUGCUGAAGAUCAAUGGAAAAGUUGCUGAGCGACCUCAGCAUAUGCUAAUGAGAGUGGCUGUGGGGAUUCACGAAGAGGAUAUCGAUGCUGCGAUUGAGACUUACAACCUUCUGUCUGAGAGGUGGUUCACCCAUGCCUCCCCUACACUCUUCAAUGCUGGCACCAACCGUCCACAGCUCUCCAGUUGUUUCCUGCUGAGUAUGAAGGACGACAGCAUCGAAGGCAUUUACGACACCCUCAAACAGUGCGCGCUCAUUUCCAAGUCUGCCGGUGGGAUCGGGGUGGCAGUGAGUUGCAUCCGAGCUACUGGCAGUUAUAUUGCUGGGACAAAUGGCAAUUCCAAUGGGCUUGUCCCAAUGCUGAGAGUGUACAACAACACAGCCCGCUAUGUGGACCAAGGUGGGAAUAAGCGGCCUGGAGCAUUUGCCAUUUACCUCGAACCGUGGCAUCUGGACAUCUUUGAAUUUCUGGAUUUGAAGAAGAACACUGGCAAGGAAGAACAGCGAGCCAGGGACCUUUUUUUCGCCCUCUGGAUUCCAGAUCUCUUCAUGAAACGUGUGGAGACUAAUCGGGACUGGUCCCUUAUGUGUCCAAAUGAGUGUCCCGGGCUGGAUGAAGUUUGGGGAGAGGAGUUUGAGAAGCUCUAUGAGAGUUACGAGAAGCAGGGUCGCGUUCGCAAAGUGGUGAAGGCCCAGCAGCUGUGGUACGCCAUCAUAGAAUCCCAGACGGAGACCGGAACGCCGUACAUGCUCUACAAGGACACUUGUAAUCGGAAGAGCAACCAGCAGAACCUGGGGACCAUCAAAUGUAGCAACCUGUGCACGGAAAUCGUCGAGUACACCAGCAGAGAUGAAGUUGCCGUGUGUAACUUGGCUUCCCUCGCCUUAAACAUGUUCGUCACGUUGGAACACACUUAUGACUUCAAGAAGCUUGCCGAAGUCACCAAAGUCAUCGUCCGUAACUUAAAUAAAAUUAUUGACAUCAACUAUUACCCUAUCCCAGAGGCCUCCACCUCCAACAAGCGCCAUCGCCCCAUUGGAAUCGGCGUGCAAGGCCUGGCGGAUGCUUUUAUCCUGAUGAGGUAUCCCUUUGAGAGCCCCGAGGCCCAGUUACUGAAUCAGCAAAUCUUCGAAACGAUUUAUUAUGGAGCCCUGGAUGCCAGCUGUGACCUUGCCAAGGACCAUGGCCCAUAUGAAACCUAUCAAGGCUCGCCAGUCAGCAAGGGAAUCCUUCAAUAUGACAUGUGGAACGUCACUCCAACAGAUCUGUGGGACUGGAAAGCUCUAAAGGAGAAGAUUGCCAAGUAUGGUGUCAGGAACAGCCUGCUCCUGGCCCCCAUGCCAACUGCCUCCACUGCCCAGAUCUUGGGGAAUAACGAGUCCAUCGAACCAUACACCAGCAACAUCUACACUCGCAGAGUCCUGUCUGGAGAAUUUCAGAUUGUGAACCCACACUUGCUGAAAGACCUGACAGAGAGAGGCCUGUGGAACGAAGAGAUGAAAAACCAGAUCAUCGCCUGUAAUGGCUCCAUCCAGAGCAUCCCUGAAAUUCCGGAAGAUCUGAAACAACUCUAUAAAACUGUUUGGGAAAUCUCCCAGAAGACCGUUCUCAAGAUGGCUGCCGAGAGAGGGGCUUUCAUUGAUCAGAGCCAGUCCCUGAACAUCCACAUCGCUGAGCCCAAUUAUGGCAAACUCACCAGCAUGCACUUCUAUGGCUGGAAGCAGGGUUUGAAGACGGGGAUGUACUACCUGCGAACCAGACCGGCCGCCAACCCCAUCCAGUUCACUCUGAACAAGGAGAAGCUCAAAGAGAAGGAGAAGGCAACGAAGGAGGAAGAGGAAAAGGAGCGGAACACAGCGGCCAUGGUCUGCUCCUUGGAGAACAGAGAAGAAUGCCUCAUGUGUGGAUCCUGAGCAGACGAGAAUGGAGGGAGCGGCCAGCACUUUGCCAGCAAAACGGCUUCUUUGGGCCUAGGUAGGUGUAGUGAAACCGUCUGAAGAUUGAAGGGCUUUGCUGGACUCCACUGCUGGAAGAGGCUCAAUCAAAAUGAAGUGCAGUCUGUGUCAAACUAAUUUUACUGAUGUGCCGGUCGCGAAAGAAGUAUGGCCUCAGGCUUAUUGGAGGAAGCCAGCCGGGGAAAGGGACCUAAGGGGGUUCCAUCGCCCCUCAGGGGUGAGUUUCCUCGGCUCAGCAGGGUGGGGGAUGUCGUCCACCUUUCGGUGGCUGAUCUCUGGCCCACAGAAGGGCCCACCUGGCCAGCUCCCAGGCCUUUUAGGCCGGGAGGCCAGGCUUCUCCGCUUUGUCUGUGUGUAGCUCAUAGACGCCUCCCCGCCCCUCAUCCUUCUUGUUUCCUCUCAGCUUGUACGGCAGCUCUGGCUGGAGGGUGGGGCUGGCCAUUCUGAAAUAAAGAUGCGCACUCUGCUUUUGUGAGUCAGA